AUGAUCUUCGUCAACACCCGUCGGAAGGUGGAGUGGCUGACAGAGAAGAUGCACGCGCGCAACUUCACCUGCUCGGCCAUCCACGCAGACCUCGACCAGAAGGAGCGUGAGGUGAUCAUGCGCGAGUUACGCUCUGGCAGCAGUCGCGUGCUCAUUACGACCGACGUGCUUGCGCGUGGCUUCGACGCGCAGCAAUUGUCGCUGGUCAUCAACUAUGACCUUCCCACCAACCGGGAGAACUACAUCCACCGUAUUGGCCGUUGUGGCCGCUUUGGUCGCAAGAGUGUCGCGAUCAACUUCCUCACAUCCGAGGACGUGCAGAUGCUGCGAGAGAUCGAGCAGUUCUACAAUACGCAGAUCGAGGAGAUGCCCAUGAAUGUGGCGGAUCUGAUCUAG